AUGGCGAACAACAAGAACCUUGAAGAGCUAAUCGCCGCCAUCGGCGACGAACCUCCCCUCAGCUCCACCCCCUUCAACCCGCCGACCACGGUCCCCAUAGCGGCCCCCCCACGUACUGCUACUACCAACUCCCGACCCCGCGUCGCCAAUCCGGCCAGCCAGCAUCUCAACGGAAGCGUUCGCGGCAACUUGGACGAGCUUGUACAAUACCUCGGAAGCACCCCUGGCCGCGCCGUCACCCACCCCCUGGCAACACCCCAACCUCAGAACACUCAAGUAUCCCCGUUUGGCGUUCCCACGGUCCCCAUCAUGCCGUUGCAGGCACGUGCGCAGGCCCAUGCACGUAUGCCCAAUAUCAACGCCAGAGCCGCCGACAGCAAGGUUUCUGCCGAAUAUAUGAGACAGCAGCUGCAAGCAAAGGCCAUCCCGAAGAGAGAGCCUACCGCAUCCGUCGGGGGGCACGUGCGCGCUGUCACAAGUAGCGCUGCGGCGAGUUCGCAGUCUGCCGCGUCAUCAGCCCGGCCGGAUAUUACGGCCGAGCUCAACGCCGUCAUGAAGAAAACUGGCACUUCAACCCAUGCUAGGGGAGCUUCUCGUGCCGUGCCAGUCGCAGGGAUACCGCAGCAGCGCAUGCCACCAGGCCAGCCCGCACCGGGGCAGGGCCGUCCUCAGGCGGCUAAGAUUUCGCAAGAGCAAGUUAUCGUUGGUCACUUUUGCUGCUUUGCGAUCAAGACUCUGAAUAAAGUUAUGGAAGGAAGCCCGCUCAAACAGACAGCGGAGGUCAGCUUAAGGGAGCAUAUUAAGAAAGCGUGGGCUCAGUGGGUGAGAGGGCACAUUCCGCGGCAGAAGCUGCUCGAGUCUGUAGCUCGCUUUGUGCGAGAUAGCUGCCCCCAAGCGUUUGGCAUUGACCUGAUUCGAGAAUUUAAGGAGUGGUACGAGAGCGAGUUUGAGCGGCAAAAGGCUCAGUCAGGCUGCGGGGAAAGAAAGGUGUCGCAGCAACAGUUUCAGCAUGUGGGCCAACAGCAGAGAAGGCAGGUAGUGCAGAACAAACAGCCUGGCCAGCCCGCACCGGGGCAGGGCCGUCCUCAGGCGGCUAGGAUUUCGCAAGAGCGAGUUAUCGUUGGUCACUUUUGCCGCUUUGCGAUCAAGACCCUGAAUAAAGUUAUGGAAGGAAGCCCGCUCAAACAGACAGCGGAGGUCAGCUUAAGGGAGCAUAUUAAGAAAGCGUGGGCUCAGUGGGUGAGAGGGCACAUUCCGCGGCAGAAGCUGCUCGAGUCUGUAGCUCGCUUUGUGCGAGAUAGCUGCCCCCAAGCGUUUGGCAUUGACCUGAUUCGAGAGUUUAAGGAGUGGUACGAGAGCGAGUUUGAGCGGCAGAGGGCUCAGUCAGGCCCCGGGGAACAGAAAAGUGCCGCAGCAACAGUUUCAGCAUGUGGGCCAACAGCAGAGAAGGAAGGUAGUGCAGAACAAACAGAUUCCGUUGAACAUCCACCAAAUGAAGCAGCAGCAGGCGCGGUCCGCGGCCCUGCAGGACCUGAUUCGAGUGUUUAA